CUUAGUUCGUCGAAUGCGGGAAGGGCACGAGUUCAAAGCAACAGACUUUAGAGGAGGUGAUUCAUCCCUUCCACCUCUGAAGCCAGCCGAAAAGGCUGAAGGUGUUGGUGUCAAAAAGAAGUGUCAAAAGUCGUCUAAUCGGUUUGGGAAAGCAUGUGAUGAACCUGGAAGUUCGACUCAGGCGCCUCAGCGUCCUAUUCGACCUCUUCGUGGAUCAGAUAAGGAGCAAGAGCUGAAAGAGUGGAUACGAGUUGAACUGAAAAUGCAGUUGGGUAAAUUGCGGAACGAGAUUUUUGACUGGUUGCAUCAUGAUAGGGGAGGCUCGUUCACAGUUCCGCAAAACACAGCAGCCGGUAAAACAAACAGAGACAACAGUCACGCUGACCCUACCGGCAUGGAAGGUCCAAAGAAGCGACGUCCGUUCAGUGGUGAUGGUAAUGAUAAAGCUGAAAUAUUUUGGUCUGAUAGUAAGAAACACAAGAAGAACAACGGCGAUGGGUUUAGCGACGAUGAGACAAUGAGAAUGCAUGAUAAUCAUUGUGAUGGCCGUACGCCAAAUGCUCGCUUCUGGGAAAAGGUAGAUUCAAUGGCGGGCGAAGGCCCCUCUUUCUCGAAGUCGGCAAACAUUCCAGAAGUCGAUGUUUCAACGCCGAUUGGACCAGAAAUUGUAUCAAAGCCAGCAAAACCGACUCUCCCGGAACCGUUGGAGGGCGAGGGGGGAGAUGAGUCUCCAAUAUCAGGGCUAAAUUUGUUAGCAGAAGAGGUUGAAAAGGGGACACGGAGUGACAAUGUCUAUAAAGAUCCACAGGAGAACACUUGUAGGAUGCUUACCGUUUGGUCUCAUCCUGAAUCUUACGUCCUUCCGCCGGAGGAACAAGGUGGUAAAGCGUCACCGACAAAUUCUGAAGAUUACAAGACACCGCCAGAGGAUGAUCCGAUGACUGAAUGUCGCACACCAGACGUUGGGAAUUCGAAGCUGAGUCGAUAUCUGACUAGGUCAUUAAAAAAAGCAGAGCUAAAAGGGAAAUGUAUUCCAAUAAGCUCAACCAAAAAAGAUGACCUCCAGACGAAGCGUAUUCCGAGACGUUCAACAAAGAUUGGAGGAGUGUACACCCCAGACAAGAGAUUGAAGAAGCUUUUCCAAAGCUGCAAGAAACCCAAAUAUACGCCCUUAGCAGACUUGGAGAAAGCGCAGUUUCAAGAGUUUCAGUCAAUUCUCCGCGAGAAACCGACACAGUAA